AUGACGGCAAAUACAGGUAAGAAGUUACGCCAUGCAGGGAGCAUCACCUGCAUCAAUUCGCUAAUAGAUAGCGCGGUCGGGCUCCGCGCCUUGUCCCAUAUUCCUUGCGCACCCAGUACAAAUAUGUUCACCGCACUGCCCGCGUGUUUCCUGCUCAUUGUGGCCAGCGUCCACGGUUUCUGUGGCGACAACAUACGCUGGGCUCACCACUUCAACAUAGAAGAUGUUUACGGCAUGUGGUACGGAGUGGGGUACGCCCAGCACAGCCCAGACAAGACGAACAAGCCUAACGAAAUUGGCUGCGUCACUCUUCACAUCACCGACGUCACCACCGAACCUCAAGAUGAUUGGCUUGAUUGGUCUAUACUAAAACACAAUUAUUCUGAUGAAAAAUGGCGUUCGUAUAAGAGUAACCCGUGGUCGAGUGACGCCAUGUCGGGGUCCUGGUUGGAUAUUCGCGUGAAGAGGGACAUAUACAAGGAGAGACGUCUGCGGGUGGUUUGGGAUGAGGAUGGGCAGUCCGUGGAGCAGGUCUACCUGUACAGCACGGACGCGCCCGGCUUGUGGACGGCAGAUCAACUGCGGCCUCUGGAGAGAGAAAUGAUGGCCAGAGGAAUAGAGAUGUGGAACCCAGACGAGCCACCCAGGCAUCCUCAGGUGAUACGAAUAUUAAAAGUGACGCCUCACCUUAUGAUAAUCAAUCACUGUUCCGAUGUCAGUGGGGGCGUGUUCUCCCUGAUCCUCCGAAGGUCACCUUCCAGGGUAGACCGAUGGCAGUGGUUUGAGUAUAAGAGACAGUUCUACAACUUCGAAUUACCAAAUGUUUUACGGUACUCCGCUGUUUGUGCUGGCUGUGUUGAAACGAGCUCCUUGUUCAUUGUUUUCAUUUGUAUAACAGCUUUUGUGGUUAUGUAAUUGUUUUUUAUUGGUUAAUAAAUCAUUACUAAG